GAAAAAACAAAGCAAGGCAAGCAGCUAGCAGAUAAUUAAAAAUGGAGUACCCAUAUUUCCCCAGAAACUACGACGGACGACGCCACAGAGCGUGGAACCCUUCCUUCACAGACGGAGAUGACGGUGGCGGGAGUCGUCGGCACCAGCAGCAGCAGCACCGCCCCAAGCACCACGUGGCAUUUAAGGCUGAGCAAGAGGAGAUCAUCAGCACCGCCGGCAGCGGUGCGCCCCCACCAGAAAACGGCGUCGUUCACAAUGAUCGUGGUUCACCUCCCAACAGUGUUGAUGAUGAAGCCGGUGCUUUCAUCAAGCACGAACACGACAGGAUUCAGUUAGCCAGGCUCAGGUCCAUCAACCCUUACUGAUAUAUAUAUAUAUAGAGAGAGAGAGAGAGAGAGAGA